AUAAAUAUAUAUAUUUUAUUUUUAGCUUAUUAAAACAUAAAGAUAAAAAUAUAUGAUAUAUAAUAAAAAAUACUGCACGUUAUUAAAUAUCCAAUAUUUAUAUCAUAUAUAAAUUUUAUUUAUGGAAAGGAAUAAAAACAAAAUGUUAAAUUAUUUAAUUUCAAUAAUUGAAGGAUUAUUAGUAAUUGUUCCUGCUUUAUUAUCUGUUGCGUUUGUAACAAUAUCGGAAAGAAAAACUAUGGCUAGUAUGCAAAGAAGAUUAGGUCCUAACGCAGUAGGAUAUCUAGGAUUAUUACAAGCAUUUGCUGACGCUUUAAAAUUAUUAUUAAAAGAGUAUGUAGCACCUACACAAGCUAAUAUUAUUCUAUUCUUCCUUGGACCAGUACUAACUUUAAUUUUCUCUUUACUGGGUUACCUAGUAAUUCCUUUUGGUUCAGGUAUAUUUAUAUCUGACUAUAGUUUAGGUUUAUUAUAUAUGUUAGCUGUAGGUUCUAUAUCUGGAUAUGGUAUAUUAUUAGCUGGAUGAUCAGCUAAUUCUAAAUAUGCAUUUUUAGGGUCUUUAAGAAGUACGGCUCAAUUAAUAAGUUACGAAUUAGUAUUAAGUUCUGUUAUAUUAAUAGUUUUAUUAUUAACGGGUAGUUUUAAUAUUAUUACUAUAAUAGAAUCACAAAGAGUAGUAAAUUUAUUAUUCCCAUUAUUUCCUUUAUUUAUAGUAUUCUUUAUUAGUUCUAUAGCAGAAACUAACCGUCCUCCUUUUGAUUUAGCUGAGGCUGAAUCAGAACUUGUUAGUGGUUUUAUGACAGAACAUUCUGCUAGUAUUUUUGUAUUCUUCUUCUUAGCUGAAUAUGCUAAUAUUGUAUUAAUUUGUGCUAUGAAUAGUAUUUUAUUCUUAGGAGG